ACUCAUUCGUUUUGACUAAAGAGUCUUGAUUGCUAGCGAUUACCGCCAAGUGUAACCAAGAUCAUCAUAGUCUCGAUAAUCAUACGAGAUCUCUCGAUAUGCAGAUAGAAAAUAGUAAAGAUCAUCUUUUACCAAGGCUGACUGUAGAUCAAGGGAAAGCCCGAAUGUCAAUCGGCAGUUCAUAAUGAGUUCAUGAUCAACCUCGACAACGCCCUGUCUUUAUAUUGAACCUCUGCGAACGUCGCAUUUUCAAUGCUGACUGCAUACAAAACACAGGCGUCCCCUCACGGUCACAAUCCUACCCGCCCCAACUACGUACGAUGGUCUAGGCAGCCAUUUAGAUUUAAUCGCAUGUUUCUCGCCCCUGAAUUUCCAAACAAUGAACUUCUCAGGAACCUCGCAGCACCACAGGCCAGCGGCCCCUAAACGACCACCAUGAAGCUACAACAGACCGCAUCGCUGCUCAUUCGCAGCCUCAUCGUCUCCCUGGCUUGGCUAUCAACCGUGACGGCCCACCACGUAAUAACAUACCCCGGCACCCGCGGCAACAACCUUAUCACGAACGAGACGUUCCCCUUUGGCAUGCAGUGGAGUUACCCCUGCGGCGGCCUCGGCCCAACCACGAACCGGUCCUUCUAUCCGCUGACAGGGGGCGCCUUUGCGGUCCAGCCCGGCUGGUUCCGCGGCCACUCCGAGUCGCUGUGGUACAUCAACCUCUGCCUGGAAGCCGAGCCGCGCAACUGCUCCCUGCCCAUCACGUCUGUGUUUCGCGUCCGGGGGCCCGUGGGCGACAACCCCUUCCCGGGAACCUUUUGUCUUCCCUACUUGCCGUUGCCGGCAGGGUUGGGGCUCAAGGCUGGCGACAAGGCGUCCAUCCAGGCCGUGCAGACGCAUGUGCACGGCGCGCCGGCGUAUUCUUGUGCCGACGUCGAGUUUACAGACCACAGCUCAAAGGUUCCCCCUGUGACCGCAUCCAACUGCUUCAACUCGACAAACCUGGUGGUGGAACAUGUCCAGAUCGUCGGCAGCAGUGCUGAGAUACCCAUCUCGGACAACUCUUCCCGCACCGCCGGCUCGCCAGCAGCUGAUUCAUCCAAGGCACCAUCAAACACUGCCGGGAAGCGCAGUCUUUCCAGGCUCUCGGGGCUGCUGGGUCUCGCGGCCUUGCUUUAGGUCCAACUGUCUUUGUUUUCCUUUCUAAAAAAUAGGCGCCCUUCUAGCACUUUAUGUUGGGGCUACAAGACAUAUUACCUGCUUGGUUUCGAUCAUGGUCGAAACUGUUUAACUGUACGAAAACGAUGGAGAAAAGGUCUGGGCUAAAAGGGCAUAUAGUUUGCGAUAACGAAAAGUCACAAUUGGUAUCACAUUCGGAUCCUGGAACAUCAGAUAAUGGCACUGAACCGUAAAAUGUAAGCUGUUUGCAUUUCGCAAGCUGCUCAUUUUGGAGUUGUUUACCUAGUCUCAAUUUCCCCGUGCCACCUGCUUCCUCAAUACCUGCCACUGGGGAUGAGAAUAAAAGGUUUCCCAGUGUGAAAACGCUACAGUGGACCAGGACAAGCAUGAACAAAGACUAGCUGGAUAGUGUCAACACCGCAAAAGCUGCACGUUAGAAGGUGCAUGUUUCUUCUCCU